GGUCAGACAGAAAAGAAACAAACAAGUAACAAUGUAACUUACAUGCAGUCACACACCCCUUUUUCUUGUAACAAUGUGUACGUUUUUAAGGAGGGAGGGGGCGCGCAGAGAGAGAAAGAGAGACGGAGAGAGAUAGAGAAAGGAGGAGGGGGGUGCGUUCUGAAAUAAUAUAGUCAGCCAUUUUUUAUGUAAGGGGAUUUUUUCUUAUUGGGGGGGUUGUUAAAAAAUAAAUAUAAGAGGGCGGCCAUCUUUGUUGCUCUGCCUAGUGUAAAAUAUUCCAAAACGCCCCCCACUUUUUUCUGUGCCGAUUUGAAUAUUAAAUAAAUAUCAUAUAUUCGGGCAAGAAUACGCUUUUUUGAAUACAAGGACGGAUCCAAUGACAGGAAUAUAAUGUCCUCUCCUCUCCGGUCCUGUGAGGAAGACGAGGGCAUGGUGGUUAAUUCCGAGGGAGGAGAUUUUGAUGAAGAAGACGACGACGGAGACCUAGACGAGAACGCAAGCGACAUAAACUCGCCGGCGGCGCCUCGGGAAACUGCAACACCAGCCGCGCCAGAAGAGGCAGAGAUAUCAGACAGAGAGGUCCCGUGCAGGAAGAAAGGGAGACCGAAGAAAAAGAAGGACACAAAGAAGAAGGACAAAGAGGGAAAACCUGUCAAAGCAAAAAAACGCAAGAAGAUUGACAGUGAUGUAGACAGAGACUCGGACAGAGAAAGAGACUACGGCGAGAACUCCGACAGUGUAGCCAGUGACUAUGGGUCUGGUGAGAAAAAGAAAAAGAAGAAACAUAAAGAAAGGAAAGAGAAGAAAACCAAGAAGAAGAAAAAAGAUGACGGGGACCGAGACAGCAGUCAGGAGGAAACAACAAAGCAACCAAUAGAGCAGAAGACCUCGGCCCAGCUGGCAAAGGAGUGGGGUCUGGAGGAUGUUGAUCAUACCUUCACAGAGGAAGACUACAGGGAACUCACCAACUACAAAGCCUUCAGCCAGUUCAUGCGGCCGAUGAUAGCCAAGAAGAACCCUAAGAUCCCCAUGUCAAAGAUGAUGACCAUCCUGGGGGCCAAGUGGAGGGAGUUCAGCUCGAACAACCCCUUCAAGGGCAACGCCGCUGCUGUUGCGGCGGCUGCCGCAGCUGCCGCCAUCGCCGUCGCCGAGCAGGUCUCUGCAGCGACCGCCUCGCCUGAGCCCCCGCCACAGCCGCCACCAAUCAGAAAGGCCAAGACGAAAGAGGGCAAAGGCCCUGGCUAUAAGAAGCGCAGUAAAAGUCCUCGAGUCCCAGACAAGAAAAAGGCUCUAGCAAAGGCUAAAAAGAUGGCACCUAUUCGUAUCAAACUAUCGCCCAUAGGUGCCAAGAGGAAGAAGAGUUGCUCAAGCGAAGAUAUGGACGAGGAUGAGUCGGAGCAGGAGGACUCCAGCGUUCACAGCUCCUCGGUUCGCUCUGACAGCUCUGGCCGUGUCAAGAAGAACAAGCGAGGACGGCCUGCCAAGAAGAAGAAGAAAAUCCCAGGUGAAGAGGAAGGGGACGGUUAUGAGACGGAUCAUCAGGACUACUGCGAGGUGUGUCAGCAGGGCGGCGAGAUCAUCCUGUGUGACACUUGUCCCAGAGCUUACCACCUCGUCUGCCUCGAGCCCGAGCUGGACAAGGCCCCCGAGGGCAAAUGGAGCUGUCCGCACUGCGAAAAAGAGGGAAUCCAGUGGGAAGCAAAGGACGAGGACUUCGAGGAUUUUGAGGAGGACAGCGAGGACAGAGUCAUAGCAGAGGUCGGGGUCGGGAUUGGGGUGGGGGUCGCCGUUGGUGUCCCCGCAGGGGCGGAGGAGGAGGAUGACGACCACAUGGAGUUCUGUCGGGUGUGUAAAGACGGAGGUGAACUGUUGUGUUGCGACACCUGCACCUCGUCCUACCACAUCCACUGUCUAAACCCACCGCUGCCGGAGAUCCCCAACGGAGAGUGGCUGUGUCCGCGAUGCACGUGUCCGCCAAUCAAAGGUCGCGUCCAGAAGAUCCUCCACUGGCGGUGGGGAGAACCUCCGCCUCCCAUUCCCGUUCCCCCUGCCCCUGACGCCCCACCUGACGCCCCGCUACCGCCACCCAUGAAGGGCCGAGCCGAGAGGGAGUUCUUUGUCAAGUUGGUGGGACAGUCCUACUGGCACUGCACGUGGAUCACUGAGCUCCAGCUGGAGAUCUUCCACUCAGUGAUGUACAGAAACUACCAGAGGAAGACGGACAUGGACGAGCCUCCCAGUCUGGAUUACGGCUCGGGAGGAGAGGACGAGAACGGAGUGGGAAAGAGCGAAAAGAGGAGGGCCAAGGAUCCCCAGUACGCCAUCCUGGAGGACAAGUACUACAAAUAUGGCAUCAAACCUGAGUGGAUGAUGAUCCACCGAAUCAUCAACCACAGUGUGGACAAGAAGGGGACGUACCACUACCUGGUCAAGUGGAGAGACCUGACCUACGACCAGUGCACCUGGGAGAGAGACGACCUGGAGAUCCCAGAUUUUGCAAUUUACAAGGGGAACUACUGGAGACACAGAGAUGCAAUAAUGAAGGAGGAUCCAGACAAACCCAGGAGGAUUAGGAGCAAGAACCAGGAGGGCGAAGAGGAAUCUCCUGCCUCACCGGUUACUGACCCUACAAUAAAAUACGAGGAGCAGCCAGACUUUGUCACAUCGACAGGCGGGACGCUGCAUCUGUACCAGCUGGAGGGUCUGAACUGGCUGCGGUUCUCCUGGGCUCAGGGCACAGACACCAUCCUAGCAGAUGAGAUGGGCCUGGGCAAGACCAUCCAGACCAUCGUCUUCCUCUACUCACUUUUCAAAGAGGGUCACACUAAGGGCCCGUUCCUGGUCAGCGCUCCUCUCUCCACCAUCAUCAACUGGGAGAGGGAGUUUGAGAUGUGGGCGCCUGACUUCUACGUGGUGACGUACACGGGGGACAAGGACAGUCGAGCUAUCAUCAGAGAGAACGAGUUCUCCUUCGACGACACCGCUGUCAAAGGAGGAAAGAAGGCUUUUAAACUGAGGAGGGAGGCUCCUAUUAAAUUCCACGUGCUGCUGACUUCCUAUGAGUUGGUGACCAUCGACCAGACGGCGCUCAAGUCCAUCGACUGGGCCUGUCUGGUGGUGGACGAGGCUCACCGCCUUAAAAACAACCAGUCCAAGUUUUUCAGGCGUCUGAAUGACUAUAAGAUCGACCACAAGCUGCUGCUGACAGGAACUCCUCUUCAGAACAACCUGGAGGAGCUGUUUCACCUGCUCAACUUCCUCACACCCAACCGCUUCAAUAACCUUGAGGGCUUCCUGGAAGAGUUCGCCGACAUCUCCAAGGAGGACCAGAUCAAGAAGCUCCACGACCUGCUGGGGCCUCACAUGCUGCGGAGGCUGAAGGCCGACGUCUUCAAGAACAUGCCCGCCAAGACCGAGCUGAUUGUCAGAGUGGAGCUGAGCCCUAUGCAGAAGAAAUACUACAAGCUGAUUUUGACCAAGAACUUUGAGGCUCUAAACUCAAAAGGCGGAGGAAACCAGGUCUCCCUGCUCAACAUCAUGAUGGACUUAAAGAAGUGUUGCAACCACCCCUACCUCUUUCCUGUUGCCUCCAUGGAAGCCCAAAAAACACCCAGCGGUGCUUACGAGGGGUCGGCCCUCACUAAGGCUUCUGGGAAACUGAUGCUGUUGCAAAAGAUGCUGAGGAAACUGAAAGAGCAGGGGCACCGAGUGCUGGUCUUCUCACAGAUGACUAAAAUGCUGGACUUAUUAGAAGAUUUCCUGGACUAUGAAGGUUAUAAGUAUGAGAGAAUCGAUGGAGGCAUCACAGGAGCGCUGAGACAAGAGGCCAUUGACCGCUUCAAUGCUCCCGGUGCUUGUCAGUUUUGUUUCUUGCUCUCCACCAGAGCAGGAGGUUUGGGGAUCAACUUGGCCACAGCGGACACCGUCGUCAUCUUCGACUCUGACUGGAACCCUCACAACGACAUACAGGCCUUUAGUCGAGCCCACCGAAUCGGGCAGGCCAACAAGGUGAUGAUCUACCGCUUUGUGACCCGAGCCAGCGUGGAGGAGCGUAUCACCCAGGUGGCCAAGAGGAAGAUGAUGCUGACCCACCUGGUGGUCCGGCCGGGGCUGGGAUCCAAGGCCGGCUCCAUGACCAAACAGGAACUCGACGACAUCCUCAAGUUCGGUACAGAAGAGCUCUUCAAGGACGAGAUAGAAGGUAUGAAGAAUAGUUCGGGAGACAAAGUUGAGGACGAGGGCAACGUGAUCCACUACGACAGCGUCGCCAUUGAGAGGCUGCUGGACCGAAGCCAAGACGCCACGGACGACUCGGACGUCCAGAACAUGAACGAGUACCUCAGCUCCUUCAAAGUGGCCCAGUACAUGGUCCGAGAGGAGGAUAAGAUCGAGGAAAUCGAGCGGGAGAUCAUCAAACAGGAGGAGAACGUGGAUCCGGAUUAUUGGGAGAAACUGUUGCGGCAUCACUACGAGCAGCAACAGGAAGACCUCGCGAGCAAACUGGGUAAAGGCAAGAGGAACCGCAAGCCUGUGAACUACAACGACGCUGCGCAGGAAGACCAAGAGUGGCAUGCUGACAUUUCAGAUAACCAGUCCGAGUAUUCAGUGGGCUCCGAGGAGGAGGACGAGGACUUUGACGAUCGACCAGAAGGUCGAAGACAGUCACGUCGCCAGUUGAGGAAUGAGAAGGAUAAACCUCUGCCUCCUCUUCUGGCCAGAGUUGGAGGCAACCUUGAGGUGCUGGGCUUUAACACACGCCAGCGAAAGGCUUUCCUGAACGCAGUGAUGCGCUGGGGGAUGCCGUCUCAGGACGCUUUCUCCUCUCAGUGGCUGGUGAGAGACCUCAGGGGCAAGACUGAAAAGGAAUUCAAAGCCUACGUGUCUCUCUUUAUGCGUCACUUGUGCGAGCCGGUGGCUGACGGCGCCGAGACGUUUGCAGACGGCGUCCCGAGGGAGGGCUUGUGUCGCCAGCCGGUCCUCACUCGAAUCGGCGUCAUGUCCCUCGUCAAGAAGAAGAUUCAGGAGUUUGAGCACAUCAAUGGGCGGUGGAGUCUUCCAGAGCUCAAGCCUGAGGUCAAUGUUGACAAAUCCUCCUCCAGGGCCUCCUCUCCUGCGGUGAAGACCGCCACGCCCACCCCAGACGCCAGCUAUAAUAACACACCGUGCACCUCCAAGCCAGCGACCCCUGCUCCAUCAGACAAGCUCGAAAAGAACGGAAAAGAGGGAGAGAAGGAGGAGGACAAAGAGGAAGGUGAGGCCCCGUCGGAGAAAGAGAAAGGGAAGGAGAAAGAGAAGGAUGAGGGGAAAGAGGUGGACAGCAACAAAACUGGAGACCCUGAAGAGCUCUCCUCCUCGACAAAAGAGACACCACAAAGUGCGUCUCCUGGUCAAAAAACCGAAGGCAAGGAAGAGAGCGACCUGAAAGAGGUGGAGAAGAAAGAAAUGACUGACGCUCCAGCUGCAGGGCAGGAGAGCAAAGAGGAGACAACACAAACGUCAAAGCAAGAGUUGAAAGAAGAGAAAUCAGAAGGAGAGAAGGCAGGGGAGGAGAGGGAAAAAGACAAAGAAAAGCGUGACGAGACACCCGCAGCAACGGAAGCGACAGAUGCCAAGGAUAAGCCCGAGGCAGCUGACGUGAAGAAAGAGGAGGUCAAAGGUGAAAAAGAUGCUGGAAAAGAAGUCAAAGCAGCUAAGGAGGAGGCGCCUAAGGGUAACGGGAAGCCUCCGACUGAGCGACCUCGCUUCAUGUUCAAUAUCGCAGAUGGUGGCUUCACUGAGCUGCACACUCUUUGGCAGAACGAGGAGCGGGCUGCCAUCUCCUCGGGGAAGAUGAACGAGAUCUGGCACCGCCGACACGAUUUCUGGCUGCUGGCGGGAAUUGUGAUUCACGGCUACGCCAGGUGGCAGGACAUCCAGAACGAUCCCCAGUUCGCCAUCGUCAAUGAGCCUUUCAAGUCGCAGGCGAAUAAAGGCAACUUCCUGGAGAUGAAGAACAAGUUCCUGGCUCGACGCUUUAAGCUGUUGGAGCAGGCGCUAGUGAUCGAGGAGCAGCUGCGGCGGGCGGCCUACCUGAACAUGACCCAGGACCCCACCCACCCAGCCAUGGCGCUGAAUGCACGCUUUGCAGAGGUGGAGUGCCUGGCGGAGUCACACCAGCACCUCAGCAAGGAGUCGCUGGCGGGCAACAAGCCAGCCAACGCUGUCCUGCACAAAGUGUUGAACCAGUUGGAGGAGCUGCUGAGCGACAUGAAGGCCGACGUGACGCGGCUACCGGCCACGCUGUCCAGAGUCCCGCCCAUCGCCGCACGCCUGCAAAUGUCCGAGAGGAGCAUCCUCAGCCGGCUGGCCAGCAAGGGCACUGAGACGCACACACCCCCGCCCAUACCUCCAGGACCCUACGCCACCCCUCAGAACUAUGGAGCCCCCUUCACCCCUGCCCCCCCAAGCGCCCUACACAUGGGAGGGGCCAACUACAGUCAGAUGCCACCGGGAUCCUUCAUAUCAGAAGCUGCCGCCGCUGCUGGGGCCACCGGGGUAGCUGCUGGGGGAGCCGCCGGAGGGCCAACCGCUGCCGGCGUUUGCCAGAAGACCAAGGAGCAUGAUGUGGUGCAGCGGCAGCGAGUGGUGGACCUCUGGAAGGACGGCAAGUCAGAAGGGGCCAUCGGGCAAGAGCUGAGGAUGCCCAAGUCCACGGUGCACAGCAUCAUCGUCAAGUACCGGCUCAGCAACACGGUGGAGAACCUGCCGCGCAAUGGCCGACCAAAGAAACCCUGAGGCCGGAGGGGGAGACUCACCAAGUGGGAACAAGAAAGGACGUUUGGAUAAAAGAUCCUGGAAUGUAGUAAAAAUAGAAACUGAAAAAGAGACAGUGGAAGCUGAAAAGGAGAGACAAAGACCUGAAUGCCUAAGGAGGAAGUCCAAAAAGGACCCAAGGACAAGGGACACUCCUGGACUGAGAGGAGGAAUAUAAAGGGAGAAGUAAAACUCACUGGAUGGAUCGCACAAGUAGAGGAAGCAAGAAAGUAAAAAGGAGAGGACACGAGAAGUGAAAAGAAGUGCUCUACAAAAUAAAACAAGCAAUUAACCACAGAGGAAGAGGGAGGGAGAGGUGAAGAGCUGGCUCUGACAUCAAGCACUAAUGAUGCAUUGGGGGGGAAAUGAGGCAGAGAGACAGAGAAAAGAAGACUUGACCUGUGUGGAUAAAACAAAUCCUCAAGCACAGAUUAAAGGCGCUAAUGAAAAAAAGUCAAAAAAUCUGACUUUGAGAGGAAAAACUGAGAAAGAAGGGAAAAAAGACAGUAUGUUAAUGCAAUCACAGGUUUUCAGGAAUUCAGAUAUAAAGGCCGAAUUGAAGAAAAAUGCAACAAAGGAGGAUUUCUUUUUUUCUUCUUUUUUUUCUCUUUUUUUUUUUAUUCCUCCUCAGACAGAUUUCCCGAGACUUCUUUUUCUGUUUCUCCCUCUGCGCCGGAAAAAAAAAAAAGAAGAGAUUUCCCCCCGGAUCAAUUCUUCAUCCACCAGCUGACUGAACAAGCCUGUCCCCUCACUCUGACCCUGUACUCCCUCAUUCCUCCACAGUCCUCCACUCCUCCGUCUCUCUUUCUCAGUCUCUCACACACACACACAUUAUACACUCCAGACCUCACACACAACCUGAAAACCUGAAGACGCUAAUUUAUCUGCUGAGUAUAAGCAGAUGAGAUCCUCGAAAUAGAAAGGGACAAACUGGACUAAGAUUAUCUUGCAAAAAAAAAAAAAAAAAAAAAAAGGAAAGAAAGAAAGAAAGAAAAAAGAAAAAAAAAAAAGUUUUCUAAGUAUAAAACACUACUUCCCAUGGACUCUUUUGCCCUAGCAUUCCUAAGUCCAACCAAGCGUAGAAGCAAGAACCAUAGAUAUAAAAAAAACUGAGACGUUGCCUUUGUCCAACAAUCAGUAGCAGUGUUGCUCUGAGCCAAUCUGAUGGGCUGGUAUUGAGAUAUGUACUGUAUUACAAAGCAUAUUUACUAUUGCACCUUUUUUUGAAGGGGUCACUUAAAGGGGAAUAUCACUCAAGUGAAGUAUUUACAUUUCCUGUUUUUAAGUCUCGUCGCGGCAAAACUCUGUAUUUAUGAGCAGCUCUUCCCCAAAGCUAAAGACCGUAAUCUGUCACUGAAAGAAAAACGGAGACUCGCUUUGAAGCCCGAAGAGACAUUUUUGUUCUUCGAGCUCCAUUAUUGUGACAGUGUGAUGGAUUCCACGCUGGAAAAUGUCCCCUGAUCCCAGAGAAAAUAAAACACUCUGGACUCUGUCAUCGUUUUUCCAGCUCGGUGUGUGUGUGUGUGUGUGUGUGUGUGUGUGUGUGUGUGUGUGUGUGUGUGUGUGUGUGUGUGUGUGUGUGCAGUAGAGCUGUACAUCAGUGUGACAUCCGAGAGUGGGGAGCAGAACAAACUCUUACGCCUCGUUUCUGGAAAGAGGAGACGUGAACAAUCACUUACACACAAUCCAGACUUUUCUAGGAUUUUUAAGCUAAAAUUGAGUGGUAUCCCCCUUUAAGCUCGAAGGACAUAAAGACCAGACAAGUGUGGCGUUGGUGCGGCCUGCAAUGAGAAUUUACUGUGUGUGUCGAUGUGUUUUUUGUACAUGUGUUGUGAGCAUGGUAGCACUUCCAUUUUUUAUCAACACUAGGUAUCAUUUAAAGUUUUCGAUAUUGGUACCAAUAUGAUAUCUUUAUGAAUUCCAGAUACUGUUAUGGAUGCCUUUUACUUUUGUAGAAAAUGUUUUUUUCUAUUUCACAAAAUAACCUCUCAAAUGCAUCACUGUUUAAUUUCCGUCUUAACACAAAGCAAAAACUCUUUGAGACAAUAUAAAACAGUUUAAAAUUAGCUAUAUCACUUAUAAAUUAAAGCUGCACUAAUCAAUAUUUUCAUAUUAACAGUCAAUCAAAUUGCUAUGUGCAAUGCGAAAGGGGUCGUUCGUACUAAUCACCCGACUCAGUUGUUUUCCUCAACUUGAGGCUACGUCUACACUCGUUUUCAUUUUAAAACGGCCUUUUUCCGUCCAGACGACCUGUUUUACCUCCGUAUCAGAAACGAUCUCCGUCCAUACUAUCAAACCUGAAAACACAAACCUACCUGAGCAAUCACAUUAAAGACAGCUGCAGCAUUAAAAUGCUGAAUUUAACUAAACAACAGCUUCUAGCAAAGAUAACAAGGUCAGUAAAUGUAUUUUAUUAUUAAUGUUGCUUUCACCACUUGUUGUCGAGGUUGAUAAGACCCAAUCAGGGAGUGACCGUGGGUGUCUAUGUCAUCGUUUCCAUUGGUCUCCGUUUUUGCCCAUCCACACUACAAUGCGUUUUCAAACGUUAAAACUUGGGGCUCAAAUAACUAAACUAAGACAUAGUGGUGUGGUGCAUUUUAGCAUCUUUGAGCUCAUUGUUUUGGUUUUUACGACCCGCAGCUUUACAGCUUGGAUUCAGUCCCACUGCUCUCAUCAGCCUCGUUUAAAGCUGCAGGCAGCUCUGAUAAACCCUCUGUACGCUACCUGCCCAGGUACCGGCCCACCAAUUAAAGCUAGCGGCUAGCUGGUGAACUUAGUGGAGCAUUUAUUAGCUUAACAAAAAGCCAGAUAUUUCUGUCAGAGUUCAGAGUGAAAUCCUUGAUUGAUGAUUUCACCUCCAACAAAAACAUUUAUUGCUUUCUCUGUAGACUGAAAAAACUCCUGCAACUUGUGGAUUUAUGAAACUGUCUUCAAGUCUCAGCUGGACGGACUCUUUAAUUCUGAAAUCAAGCCUGUGCUUUUUUAAGUUCCUGAAAAGUUGACAGUUCAGAGACAAGAGGUUGUCCCUGAUGAAUGGUUUUGGCAUGGAUACACGCACGCAAAGCUUUUCAGAAAGCAAAAAUGCUACGUUUCCUGCCAAGAUGGCAGCUUUCACUUCUAUCAGAUAGUAGGCAGGACCUACAGGGAAGAGACGCAGGCUCGCAUGUUGGCUGGGAAUGUUUUUAUUGCCUUUAUGCACUUUACACGCUCUGUCCACUGCAGUCCCAGAGUUUUCAGGCUAGUACAGAAAUAAAACUGAAGUUUUAGGAAUUCUUAGAGACAUGUCCAGGUGUGGGUUGUUGGAUUUCUAAUAUUUUUACUACAAAUAUAUCACUGCCAACCUAAUUCGGGACCAGAAAACGUCUAUCUGUCUAACAACAUCUGCUGCUACUGUAAAGCUGUAGGCAGAGUAGUGAGAGCAAGUGAUCUGUAUGAAGAAAGAGGAGGAGGAGGAGUUUAGUUGGACAGAGGUGAAGUACUGCAGAGUGAAUUUGGCAGGAGAGUGAAAUGUUCGAUGUUGGACUUCACAGAGGGAAUCUGUUAUCUGGUGUAAUACAGUACAAGUGCUUCAUUGAAUUCCUCCUCGUGUUUUAUCUUCACGGCUUCGUUACCUUAUAUGCCUUAUUUUGGUGGAGCCGAACUGAUACUUGGGUUUUUGCGAGGCCAAUACAAAUCAUUCAGAUUUCAGUCCUGGUGAACUGCUGGUAACAGGAAGUACCACGGUUCAGUGCGACAUCAAACACUCCUUGAGCAACUACUUUGUUAGAAGUACAUCUGAAGAGCAGUUAGUGUUUGCUUACACUGCAGCCAAACAAACGUACAUUGUUUUGAUGAAGAAAUAAGUCAAAAAUAAAACUGACCCGCUUUUAAAAAAAAAAAAAAAAAAAAAAAGGCUGAUCAUGACCACGUCUUGUUAUGUGGACACAUUUUUGACCUCACUGACAUUUGUGGCGUUUCAUGCAACUGCUUCACAAUAAAAGCCACUCCGUGUUUCACGUUGAAUGCUUUUAAUGUGAAGCAGCAGCAGGAAAUGUCAGGUCAUGGUUAGGGUUGGGGUUAUGGUUGGGAUUAACGGAGAAGUGGGACAUUUGACAGUUGUAAAAUACACUUGUCAGUGCUCUCUGCUGGACAAAUAAUGUAACAGUGACACCGAUUUUAAAUUGGCAUAUCUGUGCUGCAGUUUUCUUGCUGUUAUAUUGGCCGUGCUGACUUAUCGGUCGGACUCCCUCUUUUCUUUUUUUUUUGUCCUCUCCCUUUCCAGAGCACUGUACUGUUUUCUUUUCUCUCUCUCUCUCUCUCUCUCUUUUUUCGUCUCUCUCUUCCACGUCUCUAUCUUCUGUCUCUGCAUCUUUUUUUGGCUACGUACCCGUAAUUUCUCUUGCUCUUUCACCCAGUCUUUACCUCGAUUUUGUUUUGCUCCUUAUCAGAUUUUGUCUGCCCCCCCCCCCCCCCACCCCCACCACCACCACCACCACUAACACUAACACUCACAUACACACUUACUGACUCCGUCUCCUCUUUUCCUCCAUUCCCUCCGUUGGCCUCCGCUGGCAAAGUGCCAUAAGUUUUCCCAUAAAUGGUCCCCCCACUGGUUCUAGACACACACAGUUGGAGCCCCCCCAAAUGUCCUCAGCUCAAUACACUCCUUAUCACAUCUUUGAUCUGCACGGGGUGUGUUAUGACAGUUUAUCUUUGCCUGUGGCGCGAGUGAGAGAAGUGCGCUGUUAGGCUAUUCCUGGCUUUGUUUUGAAAGGAGCGCUAAACUCGCCGUUCCACUCCCCGAGCAGAUUCAUGAUAGAGCACAAAUGUGGGAAGCACAGAUCCCUGUGCUGGCCAGCUGUGCACUCGUGUAGAAAGAAGAUAAUUUUGUGUGUGUUUGUGUGUCUGUGUCCUGAUGUUCCUGUGUGUGUGUUUGUAAGUGUGUGUGAGAGAGCGUGUGUUUAUACUCAUUGCUGGCCUCACUUUCGCCAGGUUAACAGUUAUGCAUUCUGGGAUUUUCUCAUCAUUGUAAACAUGAUACUGUAUAUGUAAUAUGAUAUAUUGAUGUACUGUAUUAUGCAAGUUUGCUCAUUAAAAAGAUUAUCAAAGUG